AUGUCAAACGUCCGCUGCAUCUCUAAUCAAAUUUUCCUUUUUUUUUCUUCUCUUCUCUCUCUCUUUCUCCUUUUUUUUUUUUUUUUAUUUGCCUUAUUUUUAGUCACUUAUUCCUCUCCAUGCGGGACGAUGAUGCCGACAAGUUCCCCAGAGCGUAAAGACAGUGAGAACGGAAAUGAGAGGACAGCUCUCUUCUCAUGCGACGUCUGUGAUGACAUGUUGUCGUGUUUCAUGGCGGCAAGGAAAGCGGACCGACUUUGCUGGGAACAAAAUUGUUUAUUGCCGUCCUACGACAAUGAUGUUCUCAUUGCCACAUUCUUGACUUAUCGAUUGAGGUUGGCAAUGCUGGAGGCGAAGGCGGAGUACAUUCAGCGGCGGAUGGAGGACACCGUGCCGUCGCACGUGGCUUUUGCCUCGAAAGAGAGUGAGGAAGAAAUGCGAUGCGCCCUUCGCAAGCAUACAGAAGCUGCCAUAGAGCGUUUGGCGGAGGUUUCUUUAAGCUGUUGGGUUGAAGAAGAUGUGCAUUCGGAAGUGUGUGCGUUUUGUGCAGAUCUGUUGGGAGACGAGAAUCAAACGACACUGCGGGGCAUUGUGGAGGAGAUUUUGUUAGAGGCAACGGCUUAUAAAUAA